CGGCGGCCAAUGAGCGCGGCGCGGGGGUGGGGUCAGCGCGGCCCCAUGUUACUUCCGUCAAUAGAGCCGCGGCCUGCGUGCAGUGAGCUGCGGGGAGACGGGUGCUGUUGGGUUUGAUUUGAGGCAACCGCUUGACAUGAAGAAGUGUGGGCUGGGCAUGAAGUCAAAGCAGACUCUGACCUCUGAGUCAUAGAGGCUGAUAGGGCUGGAAGAACAUCACCUGCCUGUAGUGUGAGUGUGAAGGUCCUGUUCCUACUGAAGACUGAGCUCCUGAAAAGAGAAACCAUGCCAUUUUUGGGCCAGGACUGGAGAUCCCCUGGAUGGAGGUGGGUUAAAACAGAAGACGGAUGGAAACGAUUUGAACCUUUUGGAGCUGCACUUCAAGGUGGAAACAGUCAGCUUAAUGACAUCAGUCACGCUGUUAUCUUAACUGGUGAUGAUGAUGAUGAAAUGUACGCUUCUGAGGAUUGUGAAUCUGCAGCCAAGAAGAGGAAGAAAGAUCAUUGUAGGAACAACACGGAUUCACAAUGUUUUUAUCGUGAAAAUUGGAUUUAUGUUCAUAAGGAAAGCACCAGAGAAAGACAUGGCUAUUGCACUUUGGGAGAAGCUUUUAAUCGCCUAGAUUUUUCAAGUGCUAUUAAGGACAUCAGAAGGUUCAAUUACGUGGUCAAACUUUUGCAGCUAAUUGCGAAAUCCCAGUUAACAUCACUGAGCGGUGCAGCACAGAAGAACUACUUCAGCAUUUUAGACAAAAUUGUGCGGAAAGUCAUGGAAGACCAUCAUAAUCCACGAUUAAUCAAAGAUCUUCUACAAGAUUUGAGUUCCACUCUCUGUAUAUUGAUCAGGGGAGUAGGAAAAUCUGUGCUUGUAGGGAACAUUAAUAUUUGGAUGUGCCGACUGGAAACUAUCCGCUUGUGGCAACAGCAGCUAAAAAACCUUCAGAUGAACAAGCAAGUCAACGAUGGUCUUACACUCAGUGAUCUUCCUCUGCAUAUGCUGAGUAACAUCUUACACAGAUUUUCUGAUGGCUGGGACAUUAUUACAUUGGGUCAAGUCACCCCAACUUUAUACAUGCUAAGCGAAGACAGACAGUUGUGGAAGAAACUUUGCCAGUACCAUUUUGCAGAAAAGCAGUUUUGUAGGCAUUUGAUUCUGUCAGAGAAGGGUCACAUUGACUGGAAGCUGAUGUACUUUGCACUACAGAAAUACUACCCAAAAAAGGAACAGUAUGGAGACACCUUGCAUUUCUGUCGGCACUGUAGUAUUCUGUUUUGGAAGGACUACCAUCUUGCUUUGUUACUCAAGGAUUCGGGACACCCCUGCACAGCCAGUGACCCAAACACCUGCCUCAUGCCGGUGUCUCCUCAGCAUUUCAUUGACCUCUUCAAGUUUUGAGAUGCUCAGUAACUGCUCUCCUGUGUUGUGGUCUUUUUUUUGGGUUCUGUUUCCUUUUAGUGAGGAGCUGGGCAGGACGUGUUGCGCUCUUUAUGCAAUGUGUUUGUUUUGUUGUGGCUCUGAUAGAGGCGGGGAGCUUAUCAGGCAGGUGUGCUUGGAGUGUGGUUCUGCAGCAGGAAAGAGCUGAGGGGACGACAUGGGGAAAAAUAUCUUUGAGAAAAUCUAUUGGUGGUUCUAAUCUUGAUUUUUAAAUCCAUUUUGAUGCCUUAAUAAUUGGUUAAAACGAUGUGAGGGAAUUGUGAAGAUCUCAUGGAGUUAAACUAUACUUACAGGACCAAAUGACUUCUGUUGUUGCUAAUUCUUCUUCCUUUAAGCCACAUGUUUUCAAAGCACUUCCAUAUAAUUUGCACCAUUAUAAAAAGUAGGCUAAUAAUUCUCUUGGACUCGAACCAGUUACCAACAAGGCAUUAAUCAUUGUGAGCUAGUGAAUAAAAUGUAGCUGUUGUUGGACGUAUAAAUAGAGGGAAUUGACCAAUUUUUAUAUAUACGUUAUGCAAAAAAUAUUUAUUUUUCUUAAGAGGACUUUAUUAAAUAUGUAACCUAUCUCAGCAUACUCCAUAAUUGAAAACACAGAUGGGGCUACUGGAAAAUGACUUCUGCGCUUGUUGCUACAGCCUUCCUUUAUACUGCUCAGUACGUCUACAAACGCAACCGCAUCAUUCAUCUUCUAAGAAGAAGGCAGCAUUACUGGAAUCUAAUGAGAAUGGGGUUGCCUGUUCAUAGACUGCGGCAGGACAUGAUGUGAUAAACUGAGGCUUUAACCUGACAUUGCAAGCUGUGGGAAGUCCUGGAAGCCAGUUGGAGCACAGGAGCACCUUCUGCUGGGUUAAUCAGGGAAGAAAUUCCCCAGGAAGCAUCUUGUUCUAGUCUGUAGUGCAGAAGUUAUUGCUGAGCUCAGAGAGGGAUGGGAAAAAGAAUUGCAGGAGUUUUGGUUUUCUUGAUAAAAUUUAACCAAUAAAAGGUAACGUACAGGAAAAUAAAAUGUACUCUAUUCUGCAGUUGCUUGUUCUGAAUCCAGUUUUGUACGGUGUAAUAAAUCAUGGCUUUUUAUUACUUCA